AGAGAGAGAGAGAGAGAGAGAGUUGGAGAGAGGAGCGAAGGCGGGACAAGUGCGGGCUGGGGGAAAGCUGCCGAGCUUUUGGCCCGUUCUCCCUGCACCGGGAACUCGGGGGAUCGGGAGAUCGGGCGGAUGCUGGAAGCGGGGGUGGCGGCGGCGGCGACGACGACGACGACGACGACGGCGGCGGCGACGGCCGGAGACGGGGGGGCCGAGACCGUGAGUUGUCCAUGUUCAAGAGGCCUCAUUGAUGCAGAUGCAGCAAGAAUUAAGACAGUGUGAACCCAGAUAGUCAGACGGCUAACCGCACAGUAGGAUGCCGUCAACCAACCGAGCAGGAAGCCUAAAGGACCCAGAAAUAGCAGAGCUGUUCUACAGAGAAGAUCCUGAAAAGCUGUUUGUGGAUUUGCGAGAAAUUGGCCAUGGCAGCUUUGGAGCAGUUUAUUUUGCACGAGAUGUUCGCACUAAUGAAGUGGUGGCUAUCAAGAAAAUGUCAUAUAGUGGCAAACAGUCCAAUGAGAAAUGGCAGGAUAUUAUCAAAGAAGUCAAAUUUCUACAGAAGCUAAGACAUCCAAAUAGCAUUGAAUACAAAGGUUGUUAUCUAAGGGAACAUACAGCCUGGCUGGUCAUGGAGUACUGUUUAGGGUCCGCUUCAGACCUUCUAGAAGUUCAUAAGAAACCACUUCAGGAAAUUGAGAUAGCAGCCAUUACUCAUGGUGCCCUCCAGGGAUUAGCCUACUUGCAUUCCCACAACAUGAUUCACAGAGACAUAAAAGCAGGUAAUAUCCUCCUGACGGAACCAGGCCAAGUGAAACUAGCUGAUUUUGGAUCUGCUUCCAUAGUAUCUCCUGCCAAUUCAUUUGUGGGAACACCAUAUUGGAUGGCUCCUGAAGUAAUCCUUGCCAUGGAUGAAGGACAGUAUGAUGGCAAAGUAGAUGUCUGGUCCUUGGGAAUUACAUGCAUUGAAUUAGCGGAGCGAAAGCCUCCUUUGUUUAAUAUGAAUGCAAUGAGUGCCUUAUACCAUAUAGCGCAGAAUGAGUCACCUGCUCUUCAGUCUAAUGAAUGGUCUGACUAUUUUCGAAACUUUGUAGACUCCUGCCUUCAGAAGAUUCCUCAAGACAGACCCACUUCAGAGGAACUUCUGAAACACGCUUUUGUUGUUAGAGAGCGCCCCGAAACAGUGUUAAUAGAUUUGAUCCAGAGGACGAAAGAUGCUGUCAGAGAGCUUGAUAACCUCCAGUAUAGAAAGAUGAAAAAAAUCCUUUUUCAGGAAGCGCAUAAUGGACCUGCAGUUGAGGCCCAAGAGGAAGAGGAGGAGCCUGAACACAGUGUCGGUAGGACAGGCACUGUUAACAGCGUGGGCAGUAAUCAAUCUAUACCAAGCAUGUCUAUCAGUGCUAGUAGCCAAAGCAGUAGCGUCAAUAGUCUUCCAGAUGCUUCGGAUGAUAAUAGUGAGAUUGCCAUGAUGCAGGAGGGAGAUCAUACAGUGAUGUCAAAUAGCUCUGUUAUCCACCUAAAGCCAGACCAUGAUCACUAUGGUGAAGAAGUUGAUCACAGACCCAGGGGCUCAGAACCACAGUCGCCACCUCCAGUUUCGCGCCAUAAAUCGCACUACCGAAAUCGGGAACAUUUUGCCACAAUACGUACAGCUUCCUUGGUCACAAGGCAAAUCCAAGAGCAUGAACAAGAUUCUGAGCUGCGGGAGCAGAUGUCUGGUUAUAAGCGCAUGCGACGUCAGCAUCAGAAGCAGCUAAUGGCGCUGGAAAACAAGCUAAAAGCAGAGAUGGAUGAACAUCGGCUUCGGCUUGACAAGGAGCUAGAAACGCAACGCAACAGCUUUGCUGCAGAGAUGGAGAAACUUAUUAAGAAACAUCUGGGUAUUAUGGAAAAAGAGACCAAAGCAGUUUCUACUGAAGAAAAGAAAUUUCAGCAGCACAUACAGGCACAGCAGAAGAAGGAAUUAAAUAGCUUCUUGGAAUCUCAAAAGAGAGAAUACAAGCUACGUAAAGAACAACUAAAAGAGGAGCUGAAUGAAAAUCAGAGUACUCCAAAGAAGGAGAAGCAAGAAUGGUUGUCAAAGCAGAAGGAAAAUUUCCAGCAUUUCCAGGCUGAAGAAGAAGCUAACUUGCUGCGGCGCCAGCGUCAGUACCUGGAACUGGAAUGUCGACGUUUCAAACGGAGGAUGUUGCUUUCACGUCAUAACCUUGAGCAGGAUCUAGUACGGGAGGAGCUAAAUAAGAAGCAAACACAAAAGGAUCUGGAGCAUGCAAUGUUGCUGCGCCAUCAUGAGUCCAUGCAGGAGCUGGAAUUCCGCCACCUCAAUACUAUUCAGAGAAUGCGCAGUGAGCUAAUUAGGCUGCAGCACCAAACUGAACUCACCAAUCAACUGGAGUACAACAAACGGCGAGAGCGAGAGCUACGGAGGAAACAUGGAAUGGAGGUCCGGCAGCAACCCAAGAGUCUGAAGUCAAAAGAGUUGCAAAUCAAGAAACAAUUCCAGGACACUUGCAAGAUUCAGACACGACAGUACAAGGCACUUCGCAACCACCUGUUAGAAACUACCCCCAAGAGUGAACAUAAAGCAGUGCUGAAACGACUGAAGGACGAACAGACAAGAAAACUGGCCAUACUUGCUGAACAGUACGAUCACAGCAUUAACGAAAUGCUGUCAACACAGGCAUUACGCCUAGAUGAAGCUCAGGAGGCUGAAUGCCAGGUUCUAAAAAUGCAGUUGCAGCAGGAGCUUGAGCUGCUUAAUGCAUACCAGAGCAAAAUAAAAAUGCAGACUGAGGCGCAACAUGAGCGUGAACGCAAAGAAUUAGAGCAAAGAGUCUCAUUACGCAGAGCCCUACUAGAGCAAAAGAUCGAAGAGGAGAUGCUGGCACUACAGAAUGAACGCACUGAAAGAAUACGAAGCUUACUGGAACGUCAAGCCAGAGAAAUAGAAGCUUUUGACUCUGAAAGCAUGAGACUUGGCUUUAGCAACAUGGUUCUUUCUAAUCUGUCUCCAGAGGCUUUCAGCCAUAGUUACCCUGGAGCUACCAGUUGGUCUCAUCACCCUUCUGGAGGAGCAGGGCAUCAUUGGGGUCACCCCAUGGGUGGCCACCCUCCAGCCUGGGGUCACCCUAUGUCAGGUGGGUCCCAACCUUGGGGACAUCCUGCUGGCCCUGUUGUUGCUGUGCCCAGAGGAGGUAGUAUGGGGGUCCGCAACAGUCCCCAAGCUCUCAGGCGGACAGCUUCCGGAGGCAGAUCUGAGCAAGGCAUGAGCAGGAGCACAAGUGUCACAUCACAAAUUUCAAAUGGUUCACACAUGUCCUAUACAUAAUUUUAAUAGGUUGGGGAACAGUUGUGUUACUGCUGUCUUGCCUCCAUGCUCUGCAAAAACUGCUCAUUAUGCAUCAUUUUGAAAGCCUUCUAUUGGUACUGUGGUUGGGUUUCAGAGUGCAGGCAUGUUUGUCUAGCCUUUCAGGAAAAACAGGUCUUUUAUGUUAAUAUGGAUUUUUUUUCAUUUGUCAUUACACCAUUCAUUAUCUGUUUGAUCAGCCCUUGAGAAAAAAUGUGAAGGAAGGCCAAAAGAAAAUUCUUGCUGAGCCUUGUUCUCUCCAGCUGGUGGCGUUGUGGCACCAUAACAUCCCUUUUCUUGCCCUUACUUAGCAGUCUAUUUUCCAAGUUGUAUUGAAAAUUUUCUUCAUUUAAAAAACACAUUUGGUUGUCAUCAGUUUCAUUAUCCUGGCCAUCACAUCAUUUUACUUUUUCAAGGGCUGAACCAGUAAUCUCACCAGCUGCUAACCAACCUUAUAUUUGUUUGCCUGAGGCAUUUAUCUGCUGAAAUAGGUAUUAUAUGAAAAAAAGUUUAGAUUCUAUUCCUCAAGCAGAAAGAGUAUAUAGUGAACAGACUGGAAGUUGGGCUGUUUUGAAAGUGGGACCGAAUUAAAGUCUGGUACAAGCAUUUGGUAUUUAUGUACAGCCACAAGCCUGCAUUUGUGUACUGGUCAGUUACUCAUCUGGCAUUAACUUUUUGCUACAUUAUCUGUGAAUUAUUUAGCCACUAACAUGCCUAGAGUAUGGAACUAGUUAAUAGGAAGGAUAUUAAUUUUAACUAAUGCAUAACGAUGCCAUAAGUAAUUCACCAAAUAAUUGAUUAAAGAAAAACUGCCUUUUGCUAAUUGUUUUGACUUUCCCCACUCCAUAAUUUUCAAAUUUAUCCAUUAUGUGCAGCAUACUCCUUCCAACUACCUGUUGAGCAUGCUAUGUGUCUCCAAAAUGGUGAUACUGCACCAUAAAGAACAUGCUCCAAAUCUAAGGUGUUUACAAACUACCAUAGAAAGCAGUUUUAAACUCUACGUGUGAGAAUUAACAACGCAUUACCAUUACUGAAAACCACAUAUAUUGUUCUUAAAACAGUUUCGAUACAGAACACUAUUUUUAAAUUAUACAGAUAGUAUAAUUUUAUUUUUUAAUAAGUAAAAAUUACAGAGUGUUUUUGUAAUAGGCUGUUGUACAAUGUGUUCUGACCUUUCGCACAUUUCAAUAAGGACUUUACAUUGUGCAUGGUCUAUGAGUUGUACAAUAAUCUAUUGCCACUAUACUGUGAACAUUAUUGUCCCUUCACAAAGUACGCUGCAGUAAGUAAAACACUUCCCUAAAAUUCAGGUUACAUUGGAAAAGUUUUUUUUAAAAAUUGAAGAAUGUAUGUAUCUGUAAAUAUGUAGUAAAUUGGAAUUGCUGAGCUGCUGGCCUAGUUCCUGACUCUUUUUAUACUGAAUUUAGGUUCUGUCAACUAAAGAAAGAACUUAGUGCCAUUAUUAGCACCAAUGAGCAUGCCUAUGACUUUUUAGCUUUCUAUGUAUCACUAUUACUACGCUGUAGUAUAAUGUAACAAGUCUUAAAUGUGUUAUACAGACAAGAAAAUACAUCUGAAAGCUAUGCUUGCUUCCCAUCCUUCCAGUACUGACUGACUGGGCAGUAGAAAAUUCCCUUUAUAUACUGCAUUCCAUAUAAGAACUACUUUUGGUAUAAACUUAUGCUGAGAUGACAUUGAAUCUUGCCAAUAGUCAAACUUGUUAUUUCAUGCUGUAUUGUGCAACUUGUCACGAAUUUAGUUGUCAUUUCUUUGCCAAAAUCAUCAAUGUAGGUAGGAAGGAAGGGCUAGUUAAGCGUUUUCACAUGUUUAACUUCACUGUUACUUUGGCAUGAUUUGAAUUUUCCCUCCCACCCCACCCCACCCCACCCCAUGUGAUUGGUUUGUUUCUCCUGUUGGUUGUAAUUUUAACACUAGAUUUUCAGGCCCAGUAUCUUGUUGCCUGCACUCUUCUCUAAGUAAUUCCGAAUUAUAAUUAUUUUAUUAAAAAAAUAAGGGGAGAACUAAGUGCUGAGAACAGAACACUUUUCAACUUUGCAUUUGAGUGAUGGUACAGUGAUCAUUUAUGCAGGAUGCUUGAAUAAUUUUUGGUCGGUGGAUAUUCUAAUUUCUAAAUUACGGACUUGUAAUUAACACUGCUUAGAUAAUAGCAGUGCAUAGGCGUAGCCUACUUUGAUAUUUGAGAGCGAGCAAGCAAUCUGGUGUGAUAAUCUCGCUGGUUCAAAUAUCUUUUUACAUUAGCUGAGAUAAAAUGAUUAACUGACUCUUAUGCGUACCUAUUCCAUUGGAGGACAUUGGUGAGUUAAGAUUUUGAGGCAUCUCCUCUGUUCUGUGAUUGGUUACAUUAUGAAAGAAGACAUACAACAACAAUUUAGGCAAAAUGGCUUAAAAGCAGAACUUGCUACUCUGUCACAGGCUUAUUGGCUUUUAGUUAUUGAUAUUUUUUUAAAGCUGAGAAAUGAUUAUUUUGUGUAACUUGGAUUUAAAGUGAAAGUUUAACUACAAUUUAAAACUUCUACAACUGUAACAUUUUUUAAAUAUAGUUUUUGUUUAGAAUUUGUUACAAAAUUAUUUUAAUUUAUCAGUUUCCAUUAUUUUUAGUAAAUGCAGUGUCCCAUAUUUUUUAAAAAUGAUCUACUUAUGGCUACUUCUGUUUAUAGACCUGUAAAUGUUAAUUUUUGGUGCAAAUCCUUUUGAGAAUCUUGCCUGUUGUACAAAGUUGGGUGCAUGAUCUGCUUAAUUCCCCUACCAAUGCUGCUCUGUGUCCAGCUUCUAGGCGACUCAUGAAUCUGUGUCAGAGUGACUCAACUCCUAUUUUGUUUUUUUUUCUCCACCCCAAGCUAGAAAUACCUGGUUCCCACUUAAGACUCUCCCUGAUUAUAUAGUGGUGGUCAGAAAGUCACCUUGGAGAGAUUAACUGACAACCUACCAUUGCAUUAUACAGCAAGUUGAAAUUCAACACACAUUGUCAUCAUGCUAUCAAAACUGUGAUUUUUUUUUUAGCAUAUUGAGAUCAACAAGAAUGAUCGUUCCAUUUUCUCAGUCAUGCUACCUCUGUACAAGAUAUGAGAUGAAAGUUAGAAACUUAAACAGUGAGCAAGAAUUGACAGAAAAUAACUAUAAUGGCAUUGGUGAAACUGAAAAUGUUUCUAAUUCCAUGAGUGCUCUUGUAAAAUUGUCUCAAUUGUGAUACUUUAACUCCUGCAAGAGUGAAUUUCAGCGAUGAUGCACAUCACAUUCUGUCACUGGAUUCUGUUUGCUCCCCUGGGCCUGUGUAGUUGAAUACCCAUAUUAAAACGUAACAACAACUUAGCAAUUUAUACAAUCUAAUUGCUGGUAUUAUCAACACUUCCAUUGUGUAAACAGGAUGCCACAUGAUCGUUUGUGGGGUCGGUGGGGGGGGGACCAUAUUUAUACAAUGCUGAACCUCUCCAGAUAUAAAUGCUAACUUUGUCCAUUAGGGAGUUGCACUCACUCAAGUGGGCAACAAAGUAAUCAUUGGAACCUGUGGUGUUCUACUGUUACAUCCCCAGUAAUUACAAUACACUUUAUAUGGUCUAAUUAUAAUUUAUUAGUUCCACUGAAUUUACUGUAUUUAUCAGGAAUUCUGAUCAUUUAGGCUGCCUCCAUCUUCUAUAAGGUUUAUAUUAAAAAUAUUUCGAGUACCAUUUUAGUAAGAAUUACAAAAGAGAAGCAUCCCCUUCAAAUCCUGGUACUCCUUCUGUCACUCCCAUACAUUCUAAUUUUGCCUCCAUUCAGCAUCUCUUCCUGACUGCUCAGUUUUGAAGUAGGCACCUCACCACUUGUGCCAAUGGCUGGAAUGCAUAACUCUGCCACAAAACAUUGGUUUAAAGCAUGUUUUAUAGCUGUGGUUAUCACCAUAUUUAAUAUUAAGGCCGUGAAAGCUUUUUUUCCAGCUUGUAAUUAAGGUGACAGGUAAAGGAGUUGAAAAUGAAGGAAGGUGCCAAGAAUUUAAUUUUUUUGUAAAUCUUUAUAUUAAAAAAAUUUCUGAAUGGAAGAAAUGUACUGCCAAUCAUAAUGUAUGGUGAGACGAGUAGCAAUGCAAGGUUUUCCCUGACUUUGCUUUGGAACCUGAACUUGUAGGAGAGUGUGCUAUUGUGGCUAAUCAUUUUAAUAUCAACAUGUAAUACUGAGUUAUAUAGGUUUGCAAAGAAAAAAAGCAUUUCCCAGUACUCAUAGAAGUUAGUCAAUGAUAACCCAUAAUUCUGUGGGAUUUUCUAUUUGCCGGGUGAUAAUAUUAGUUAACUUGCUUUGUUUUCCAUUUUUUAAUUAGUUCAAAAAAGACAGAGUCUGACUGCUCAAGUGCAGUUUUAAGUCAAAAUUAAAAUUCUCCCAUUCUUCAAUUUAAACCUGCUGUUCAGGUAGCUGCUACAUGGGGGACAGGUAAAUAGACAACUGUUUUUGUUUAACUCUCCUCCAUUAAUUUAUAUGAAUGCGUCUAGUGAAAAAAACUGCACUAAACUAGAAUAUUCCACUCCAAAGUAAAAAUCCCCCAAAAUAACAACAACAAUGCACAUUUUAGGGAGAAUACAGGAAGAUAGCUAGUGUAAAAUCCACAAAGUCAUUGAGUGCAAAGAAAACAGGUUGUCAAUGCUGUCAAAUUACCAUGUAUGUCAUUUGUUUUAAGAAGCAACUAUUAAAAAUGUGCCAACAAUGUUGCUCUUUAUAAUUGACUUUGAUAAUUACACUUUUUGAAGAGAUUACAUAGUUGCCAAUUAAGAAUGCUACAGUGAGUGAGGUGGCAUAGUAUUAGUGCAGUUUACACAGUGACUUCACAAUCUAGAUUUAUUUGCAGUUUCUUUUUACUGCAUUGCUUGAGAUUAGUUUUGUUAGUUUUCAUACAGGUUGGGUGGAAACAUUAGGUCAUCCUUAUAUGGCUGUUGAACAUAAGAACAAGAUUGUAUCAAGAUCCUAUAGAUCAGUGUUGUCCAGUUAAAAUCACUGUUGAGAUACUGGCAUGGCUACAGUGAAACUAUUUUAGCUGAAUGUUCUGAUUUUAGUGGAAAGCAUCUUGCAUAUACCUACACAAUGCAGAUUUACAUGUGUAUUAAAGGUUAAAGAACACAUGCAUACACUGUGCAAAUGAAUGUUGAGAUCAUAUGCUCAAUGUGUCUAUUACUCUUUAUUUACUAAUCAAAAAUGCAAUUAGUCACAACAAAGAGAUUCCCAAUCAGCCCUCUAUGGCUAGUGGCUAAUGUAUUUGACAAUAUGGAUAUAGAUUAUUUAUCUGCACUCAAAGAUAGCAAUGUGAUGAUGAACAAUCAUAAAUGAAGUAGGUUUGGGAGGGGAAUAAAAAAAUUAACAUCUAGCUGUAUUCAUUGUCCAACAGCAAAUGCCACAGAAUUUAUUUCAUCUAGGGCUCUUGUACUGUUUUCCAAACUGUUCCAAAUGAGCUUUGCUUAAACUUUGGAAUGCCCUUUAUCUAGGUUCACUGUUAGAUGAACAAUGAUUGGCCCAUACUGCUGCCCAGCAGUCAGUACAGGAGGAAAGGGAGCUCACCAAGAUCAACCUAGUGCUAAAAAUUGUGGAAUAUUCAACAGUAGGUUAUUAUGGUAUAGUAGUAAUCUGUUAACGUGUAGUACUGAGCUUUACCCACCGUUGAGGUAGGGAAUGACUACAUGCUGUUUGGUAAGCUAAUCUAAUGUCCUUAGUUAUACAAAAUCCCUUUUCUCUGCUAUAGUUGUCGCUGGCUCUGAACAAAGAAAAAUCACAGCUCUUACUGGGGAUUCUGAAUAAAUUAACGCAGUUCCAGUUUUAAAAAAUAUAAUAUAGAGUGCAUAUAAUGAAAAAUGGCCUAAUGACUUGACAUCUUGUAAAUGCAUAAUUUUAUUAACAAUUUCUUUGCAGUAAGAUAUUUAUAUGGUGUAAAGGGUUAAAGAAAACCACUAAACCCACACAGUACUUGAAAAGAGUAUUUGUACUAAAAUACAGAUGUUCAUUACUAACUAUGCUACUAUCAGAAUCCCUUUUGUUUUAGUAUGCAACAAAAAAAAGAUAGUUUAAUGUGCAUUAGUAAUGAAUGAGGGACUGUGAGAAAUGUUAAUAUUGUACAUUUUAAAUAGCUUGCAGGAAUUGUGACAAAAACUUGAGAUUUCUAACAUAAACAUUAAAAAUGUUUUAACACUAGUCCCAUGGGGUGAAGACAACACAUCAUGAAUGUAUAACCUAAUCUAACCUAGAGCAACUGGCUGGUUUUAACAAAUCAGACAGCAUGUUUGAGCUUCUUCAACUUUUAUCUUUACAUUUCUAUUCUAAUUUGGAGUUUCUAUGUUCUCGGCAUAAUUCUGAAUUUUAUUUGCACAUGUAUGGUAGAAAAUCUGAAUUUUAAAUUUUAACAACCAAAUCUACUUUAAUCAUUUUUUUUAGCAAUUGUUAUUCCAGUUGUUCAUAGCUGGUUACCAAUAAGUUCCUUCACUUACUGGUAUUUCUUUUAAAAUUGUACAGUAAAAAUGUCAGUAUUCUGGUAACUUCUGGUUCAACAUACAUUAGCUCAUAUAACCUGUAUUAAUUGUAUAGAUUGUGAAGUUAAGCUGUUACCAAGUGUCAGAGAAAGAGAAAUAGGGUCAUGUAAUAUUUUGUUUGUAAUUAUCCUUUGUAUUGUUACAAAGGAGAUGUUAAAAUCAACUGUAAUAAAGUAAUUUUAGUACA